AUGACUGAAUCUUCUCUACAUAUCCAAUGCCUUAUCGGCAUUCAGUGCCAAGAUUUUACCAUGCUUGCUGCAGACCAGACCAGUACUCUGAGCAUCAUUGUUAUGAAAAAUGAUGUCAAUAAGCUACACGACUUAACAAGCAAGCAAGUGCUGGGUAUCAUCGGUGACUCAGGAGACACAAUGCAGUUAACACAGUUCAUUUGUAAAAACUUGAUGCUGUACCAAAUGAAGAACGGAUACCAGCUCAGCACUGAAGCUGUCGUACAUUUCAUUAGGAAAAAUGUAAUGGAAAGUCUGAAGUCUGGGACUCCAUGCAUUGUGAACAUGUUAGUGGGCGGUUAUGAUCAGUUAGAAGGUGGACAACUGUACACAUUGGACUUUCUGGCCUCGGCCUUAAGGGUUCCCUACGGAGUGCACGGCUUUGGUGGCAUCAUCUGCUUGGGGUUAUUGGACCGAUAUCAUAAGUCUACAAUGACAGAAACAGAGGGUUACGAUUUAAUAAAAACCUGUGUACACCAGAUCCACGAGCGGUUAUUUAUUAAUUUGCCAAACUUCCAAGUCAAGUUGGUGAACAAAGAUGGCAUCCAGACGCUUCCGGCUAUCACACCGGCAACAUUUGCCGCUCAAAUUAAUUUCUAA